AUGCUCACUCAUAUCAUCAAAACCCUGGCUUCUUUCGUGUUUAGUAGAGGUGUCUUGGCUCUGUGCUUCACCGCGGCUUCUUUGCAUGUUGUUCGAUGGUAUCAGCUAAGAAAGAAGAUGCCUCCGGGACCGCUUGGGCUUCCCUUCAUUGGUAACAGCCAUCAGGUACCUGCAGUCAAGCCGUGGCGCAAGUUCCAAGCCUGGAAUGAACAUUAUGGCCCGGUUGUUUCAUUAUUCCUUGGCUCGACACCAGUCGUCGUCCUCGGGACCCCGCAGGCUGCAUGGGACCUCCUCGACAAACGAUCCGACAUAUAUUCCAGCCGUCCAAGGUUCAUAAUGGGGGGUGAAAUCCUCUCCGAUAACAAGCGAGGUCUCAUGCUUCCAUACGGUGAGGAGUGGAGGAAAUGGAGAAAGAUUCUUCAUUCUGGAUUCCAUGCACGCAAGUCAGACGAGUAUCAGCCUAUUCAGUCGUUGGAGUCGAAGAUUAUGAUGCACCAAAUACUCACUGAACCCAAGGGUUACGAACGGCAUAUACAAAGAUAUGCGGCGAGCGUUGUGACAUCCGUCACCUAUGGCAAACGCAUAGAUUCCGUCGACGAGUGGGUCGUCAGGGAAAAUAUGAGGGCCAUGGACUGUGCGUUGCAUCUUUACAGCAUUCCCGGCAAAUACAUUGUCGAGUCUAUGCCCUGGCUUCUGAAUCUUCCUCUGUGUCUCCAGUGGUUUCGUAAAGCCCCUGAGGCACAAAGACAACGCGACGUGAAGUUCCUUAUGCACCUAUACGAUGAAGUCAAAACUCGAAUGGACGAAGGUACCAUUGCAGAUUGCUUGACCUCUCAAACAAUCUCCAUUUCUGAGAAGAACGGGUGGGAUGUAUUGGAUGUCGCGUACGCCGUGUCAAGUCCCUUUGGCGCUGGCAUAGAGACGACUGCUGGGACGCUCAGUGUAUUUUUCUUGGCAAUGCUUCAUUAUCCCGAAACCAUGAAAAAGGCCCAACAGGAGAUAGAUUCCGUCAUCGGACCUGAAAGGAUGCCUGAAUUCGAGCACAAAGACAGCCUCCCGUAUGUGAAUGCCCUUAUCAAUGAGACGCUGAGAUGGCGUCCCGUAGCCGCCCUUGGAGGCAGUCCUCACGCCGUGACAAGCGACGAUGAGUACCGUGGAAUGUACAUCCCUAAAGGUUCUACAGUCUUCGCAAAUCUCGCCGGGAUCAUGCACGAUCCAGGAACAUUCCCUGAUCCGGACAACUUCCGCCCCGAGCGAUUCCUCGAAACAAAUGAUCCUCGUUUGAAGGAUUUCACUGUCCCCUUCGGCUUCGGACGCAGGAUAUGCCCCGGUAUGCAUCUCGCGAGGAAUUCGGUAUUUAUGAACAUUACCCGAAUCUUGUGGGCAUUCAACAUCCUCCCGAAGAAAGAUAGUCAGAACAGGGAGAUUCUUCCGGACCGAUGGGACUUCUCGAAUGGGUUCAACUCGAGGCCCAUCAGCUUCGAGUGUCGUAUCGAGCCGAGGAGCGACAAAGUUGUAAAGUGUAUAGAGAGGGAGGCUGAGAUGGCCAGGAGCAGCUUCUAUAGUCAAUAA